GCGUAUUUAUGGGUUAUUUACCUUGAUGGUAGUGCAUUUCACCAGCAGCUUUUAGACAUGUUUCUCUUGUUUGCUGGCAGACGAAAUCAACGAGGAGGCCCUUUCAUUCAUGACAUAGCAACAGUAACUAAGGGGCUCAAGGGGCGUGGCUUAAAUGCGCCUUACUUUUUUCUUUUUUUAAGUGCGCGCCUCCGGCAAAUACGCUAAAAUCGUGUGGAUUUCCGUCUGCUACACAACUUCAUGACAGCAGGAGGAAAAUGACAGGCGUGGAUAUAGUCUACGAUAAGAUUCAUUUCAGGCACGACCCGAAAUGGAGCGGCCGCCUGGGGCCAGCAGAGGGGGGCGGGCUGCUGCUCUGUGUGGCCUGUGUCGUUGAAAUGAUUGACAGUGACGAUAUAGCGUCAGUGAGGAAGUCUUUUGCCUUGUCUGGAAUCAGUGGGGUGCUGAAGUUCUCUCCGGGAGCAUUGAGAGAGCUGCUCCGACAGGACCACAGAGUCCCUCUGCACUUUACAACUUCUCUACUGGGGAUGCUUCACACCGUGGAGGACCCAGCCACUCUGGAAAAGGUCGACCAAGUGCUGGUUCAGCUGCUUCUGGAGCUCCAGAGCGAGCUGUCCCAUCACUUUGUUUUGGAUGAAAUACACAAACAGUUUAGUGACCAGCUCAGUUUGAAGACUUUCCUGCCCACCUUCAACUUCUUGGGGAACCUCGUGGAAGCGGUCCCAAACGUGGCCCAAAGCCUGGUGACUCAGUAUGUGCCCUUGCUGGAGCACCUGUGCUCGGCCUUGCUCUACCCAGAUGAAGCACUAAAAGCUUCGGUCCUGUAUGUGUGGCUCAAGCUGUUUGGGGCAGCUGGGGGCUCGGCAGCCCAGUCCUUGCCCACCGCCAUCAGGGACAGAGUGUGCAUCUUGCUGCUGCAGACCUUGGCCAAAGCCAGCUCCCCCCAACUCAUCAACAACUGCGUUGGCCUGCUGUGGCUGCUGGUGCAGCUGGGAGACGCGGUGUCCGUCCUGAUGAACAGCCCCGGUGAUCAGAUCGUGUGCCAUGAGAACCAGGACAGCCAGACCAACAACAGCCAGACCCUCAGCCAAAACCAAGAGCAACAGUCCCCUGAGCAAUGCCCUCUGCCUCUCAUACUGAAAAAGUUGCUGAUGAGUGGUGAUGAGACGUUGCAGGCGACCAGUGCGAGGUGCAUUGCAUCCGUCCUGGUUCAUUCUCUCAGUCAGUGCAGCGCUCCCUUCAUCAAGGCUGAUGUACCUGAGUUCCUGUUCGAUCGUCUGGCCGGCAGCAGCAGUGAGGUGCUGCUGUGGUCAGCCUACAGCUGUUUGCUCUUACUGACUGAGGACCCACUCUUUUUCUCCCAGUGUCACUCUGUCUAUGGGAUUGAGUCCCUGGUGCGCAGUCUGAAGGAGGCUCUGAAGCUGACCAACCUGGAAGUGCCCAAACAAGGUCUGCUGCUCCUCACUGAGAUACUGGAAAGGCAGCCCCCAAGCGAGCGUCUGUUCCCAAGUGGUUCAGGGUUUGUGGCAGUUUCAGAGGCCGUGUUAGGUGGAGUCUCCUCCUCCUGCCUGCUAGUAGCCACACAGGCUGCCAGUGCUGCUGCGGCCCUGUUCAGACUGAACCACCAGUCCAGACCAGUCCAGUACGGAAAGAUAGAGGGAUUGAUUGAGGCCAUCACUAACAGAUUCUCUGAGCUGCCCCCUCUUUCUCCUGCUCAUCAUCGAAACUCUAGGAGUCUAAAGAGGUCACACCGGAGCAGCCAGGCUUCCAGGUCCGGAGGAUUUCUGCUCCGGGCUCUGGUCUGUUUUCAGGCCGCCUGCAGGUUGGCUGAGGAGUGUGCAUCAGAGCCUGUUCUGAAGGAGAACACCUUCACAGCUCCGUCUAAAGACAGCCAUGCUCACGACUCUCUGGAGUCUCUGUGUCAAUGUCUGCUGCGCUGCUGCGACUCCGUCUGGAUACCCACCAUCAUUAGGAUGUGUGAGCAUGCACCCAAUGCUAAGAUACUGCAGUACUUCUACUCCAUCCUGUCCUCCCAGUUCACCCUGCUUCCAUCUCUCAUGCCUGUCUUUGCAAUUAAGCUAGCGUCCUCUGGUUUCUACAGGCUGCCUCUGGAACACAAAGGGCUCCUCUGUGUGGGAAACAGGCACCCACAUCUGAAUACAUCUUGCUCUGGUUUUCUGCACAAACUCAGUAUGUGUCUGCUUUCCCAGCAAGAUGCUGCUUCUAGCUCCUGCCAGUCUGAUGUUGAGGAGGUGGAGAAUCUCCUGCUAUACAACCUUCCCUCUCUGUGCUGUCGUCCGUCAGACUGGCCCUCUCUGCUGCGUGAGUCCCCGGGGAUCCAGCUGAGUGAAUAUAAAGGGCAGAGGGCCACCCAGUACUGUCUGGUGAUAAUGCUACACCUCGCCCUGCAGCAAGGAGACAGACUCCUCCCAGACCAGACGGUGUUCUCCAGUGUUGUGUGUCUGCUGCAUUCAGUGCAGGCUCAGGGCAUCUGUGUGCUGCCUCGCUCUGUGCUCCGCUCUGCCCUCUACCUGCUGGCAACCACACAGGACAAGAGCCCCAACCUCGACAGGGCUCCUUUGAACUGCAUCAGCAAGGCACUCUCCUCCUGCCAGAGCUUCUCUUCGCUCUACAUUCACCAUCCUGCACUCCUCCACUUCAUCUGUCGAUAUCCGGAUCUCGCAGAGAAAUUUGGGGCGCUGGUGUUGGAACUUUGGUUGACCAAGAAAGUGCAGCAAUCAGAUGCAGAGCAGACCAAGCCAGAGAUGCCAGGCGACGGAGAGAAGAGAGAAAGCCGUGCAGACGAGAGGCAGGAUCAGCAGCCAGACACAGAGACUGUGGAGCUGCUGGCUCUGAUUGAGAAGUUCCCUGCUGUCAUACUGACCCUCCUGGAUAUGCUGUGCACCAGGGAGGCCCCCCUGGCAGGACGAGCCCUGGGGGUGCUAGAAGUUCUUCCGUGUGGUAUAAGAGACUACGAGGCCGACUUGUGUGAGAGUCUUAGACCAGCCCUGCUGCAGGCAUUACAGAGACACAGUGUGGAGAACAUGGGCCAUGGGCUUGGACAGGGACAGGAACACAGUUCACAGGCAGUGAAAUCACUCCCUCUGGUGCUGAAGCUGCUUUGUGUGAUGCAGGCCAGUGACCCACCUUCAUCUUCCUCUUACAGUAAGAUGGACGGAGUGCACUUCAAGCUACUCUAUCACGUGAGUAAUAUAGCAGGGAGGUUGAAGUCUACUGACACAGGGAGCCUGCUGCCUGCCCUCAGCUACCUGUACUGCUGCCUGAGUCUGUCCCCUGCACACUGCACAGACAGAGCUGUCUCCGUGUUGCUCUCCAACAGUGGACUGAUGGAGCAGCUGCAGACAGUCCUCUCCUCCUCCUCUGCUCCAUCCCUGUCUCCGUCCACCUGUCCUCCUUCAGCCCUGCUGUGCUGCAGCCAUCUCCUCCUGUCCUCCCUCAUUACCUUGCAGCACGUUCACUCUGCUCAGGUCCAAAAGAGCAUCAGUUGGAGUCUGGACACAGCUGUGCAGCGUCUCCUCGUUCAGAAAACAAACACAGACAAUCUCUUGCUGGUCAGCUACCUGAGGUUGCUACAGGCUCUCCUUGAUGCUGACCUGGCAUCAGCAGUGGUGUGUCUGAGCACUGGUCCUGGCCUUGUCGGUCCCAGACCCCUGGGGACUGAAGACGGCUCUCUGUACCCACUCGGCUCCAGAGGAGCCCAGUGCCUCUCAACUGCUCUCAGUGGACUUCUGCUGCAGAAGCAAGAGUUGUUGCUGAGAGCCACUGUCAACUGUCUCAGCUCCCUGCUGGGCUUCCUGCAGAGGAAGAGUCCCACCACAGCGAAGUACGUGGUGUGUCAGCCGUGGAGUCGAUUCCUCCUCUACUGCCUGCUCAGCUCAGGAGAGAGCUGCCGUCUGCACCCUGCCAUUCACAGGCUCAUCACAACUCUCCUGCAGCACGGCAGUACGGCCGUGUCGUGGGAGCCUGACCUGCUGCAGGUGAUGGAGGCGGUGGAGAGGAGGGGGGUGAAGGAGCUCAGCGAGGAAGCAACACAGACCCUCAGGCUGCUCCUCGAACAGAUCCUGAGCAGUGCCCUGCAGCCGCCGCUCACAGAGGAGCACAUGCAGAGAGUGAGAGGUGUGAUGGAGUCUCUGAGCCUGCAGACGCCGGCCCAGAGCCGCAGCCCCAGCAACGUCUUGCGUGUUGGAGACGUGUCCAUCUGUCUGUCUGACUUUACAGUGAAAGCAGGCUGAUGUUCCUGCAAGCUGAUAUCGUUAUGGGUGACGUUAUCACGCCAUCAUUUUGGGAAUUUGUUUUACUGUUCAUUUAUUGUUACAUGUCUUUAAUUCCUAGUUUUCUAUUCUGCUCUUUAGGCAGCACACCUUCCAAAUCAUUUGCUGAAUGUGUUUUUUUACAAGCACUUUAAAGAAAAGUUGGAUAAACAGUUAUAUUUACUCAUUAAAAGAUAAUAAAAACAAUUUGUAUUUUAAUUAUAGACUCAGUAGUUAUACUUUCACUCCUGUUUAUGUGAUGCAUUAUGUGAUUACACCACACAACCUAAAGGACACAGUCAGACAGAGAACCUCACUUACACAUUUUUGUGUUCCAUUUGAGUUUUACAACUGCGGAGUGAUAAAAGUAGUCAAGGUGAAUUCUAUCGUUAAUUUAGUCAUUUAUUAUUGGGACAGCCUCGACUUUUCCAAGAGGUCCGUAACAGGGAUUAACACAAAAGUGAAAAGGACACAUUUGACUUUAUAGAAGUGAUUGAUGGGACACAUGAAAAUGAAAAACGAUCCACAGAAGUAAUUGACCUGGUCA